AUGGAGUCUGGUCCACCACCAGCUAGCGACAGAAUCUGCCUCCCCCUUCUAAACCAAAGACGCAACGGAGCGUUUUGUGGAGAAUCUGAAAAAGGGUGCGGGCACGGGACGACUCGGCCCGGCGCCCCUUCCUGCCCAGCAGAGGACGGAGCCCCAAAAACUCAGCCUGGGAUGAGAGAUACACAAAAUGGGGCCUGUGGCUUACCCUAUCGAUUUCACUGUGAAAUCUUUCUUCAGGUGUGCUCAUCUUUUGCUACAGAGCCCAGACAAAAGGAUGGAACACUCUAUGAAUUUCGUACCUACUAUCUUAAAUCCUCAAAAAUGAAUGAGUUCCUGGAAAAUUUUAAGAAAAAUGUUCAUCUUCGGACAGCUCACUCUGAAUUGGUUGGAUAUUGGAGUGUAGAAUUUGGAGGCAGAAUGAACAAAGUAUUUCAUAUUUGGAAAUAUGAUAAUUUUGCUCAUCGAACUGCAGUCCGGAAAGCAUUGGCCAAAGAUAAGGAAUGGCAAGAACAAUUCCUCAUUCCAAAUUUGGCUCUCAUUGAUAAACAAGAGAGUGAGAUUACUUAUUUGGUCCCAUGGUGCAAAAUAGAAAGGCCUGCAAAAGAAGGCAUUUAUGAACUGGCUACUUUUCAGAUGAAACCUGGUGGUCCAGCUCUGUGGGGUAAUGCAUUUAAAAGAGCAGUUCAUACCCAUGUCAAUCGAGGCUACACAAAACUAGUUGGUGUUUUCCACACAGAAUAUGGAGUACUCAACAGAGUUCAUGUUCUUUGGUGGCAUGAGAGUGCUGACACUCGUGCAUCUGGAAGACAUGAGUCUCAUGAGGAUCCCAGAGUUGUGGCGGCUGUUCGGGAAAGUGUCAACUACCUGGAAUCUCAGCAGAAUAUGCUUCUGAUUCCUACAUCAUUUUCACCAUUGAAGUAAUUUGGUACUGAAAAUGCCAAAUAUUUCAUUAACUGGUGUUUUAAGAUGUGUCUUCUAAUGGUGCUUAAAUUCUCCCAAGAGAAUUAUUCUUUUUUCUUUGAAGAAGGUGGUAAGUUUUUUACAUUUUUUUUUAAAGCCAUGUCUAUCAUUUAUCACCCUUAUUUCAGGAAAUAAGAGUUCAUUUGCCCCUUGGUAUUUCAGUAUCUGUCAUAUGUUGAAAAUAUCUAUCAAUUGAAAAAUAAUUUUAUUAGUUCCCAAUAUGAAAAGUCUCUAC